UUGCAGAUUUAUUUGCCAGAAACAUCCUUUCCUUCUUCAGCUGUUUGAUACAUCUAUAGCUCUCCGCCAUCCAUCAUCCACACCGCGAUUCGUACACAGCAAAAUGAGUGGAACAAUGCGCGCCGUAGACAUUGAGAAUGGCAAGGGCCCCAUCUCGGCCCUGCACAUCAAAGACAUACCCCGCCCGACACCGACUGACUCCCAAGCACUCGUCCGCGUCAAGGCCUUUGGCUUAAAUCGCAUGGACUUGCUCCAGCGCGAAGGACAAUACCCCGUUCCGCCACAGGCCCCUGCAACACUGGGCGUCGAGUUCAGCGGCACCAUCGAGUCUCUCGGGUCCUCGGGCGGAGGCGCCGAAAAUUUCGCAGUUGGGGACGAAGUCUUUGGCCUUGCGUACGGCGGUGCGUACGCUGAAUACAUUGCCGUUAGCGUCCACAUGCUGGUCCGAAAACCCAAAGAGCUGAGCUGGGAGGAGUGCGCGGGGAUUCCCGAAACGUGGAUUACCGCGACGCAGGCGCUGUACCUCGUGGCCAACUUCACGAAAGGGAAGAGCGUACUGUGGCAUGCGGCAGCGUCUUCGGUGUCCAUUGCGGGAAUUCAAUUGGCAAAGGCGGAGGGCGCGAGCGGAGUGUAUGCUACGGCGAGACAGGAUGAGAAGUGUGCCUUUGCGGUGGACAAGUUGGGUGCCACUGCUGCAUUCAAUACGACUAGGUCAAACUGGGCGGACGAAGUGCUCAAGGCUACCGAUGGCAAGGGCGUUGAUAUCAUUAUCGAUUUCAUCGGCGCCGGGUACUUCCGGGACAACUUGACGGCUGCUGCGAGAGAUGGUGUCAUUGUCGCGCUCGGGCUUAUGGGUGGAGCAGUGGUUGAAGGGGAUGUAAACAUCGCACCUAUCUUGAUGAAGAGGAUCACGUAUGUGGGCAGCACGCUACGGAGUCGCGACGAAGAUUAUCAAGGAAAGCUGAGGGAUCAAUUGGUCGAGCACGCGCUCCCCAAGUUGCGGGAUGGGAGUUUCAAGGUGUAUGUGGAAAAGGUGUUGCCGUGGGAAAAGAUCCAGGAUGCGCAUAGGUUGCUGGAGGAGAAUAAGACCAAAGGCAAAGUCAUUUGCACAAUCUCAUAG